UGGAACAAACGAAAAAGAAUGUUAAAAUCGUGUAAGACAAUAAUGUGGAGAGUGAAAACACAGCCAGAGACAGGAGAAACCAGCCAGAGACGGGAAAGAGCAGGGAGAGACCAGCCAAAGACGGAAGAGACCAGGGAGAGACGACGAAGUAAUCGUAAAAUUACAUUGAAUAUAUACAUAUACACGUUAUGAAGCGGCGUCAGGAAAGUUUGAACCCAUCGAUAGAAAUAAAAGAAGCGUUUAACUACUACAACUUAUUGGACGAAUUUCUACAAAAGUAGGAUAGAUAUCUUAAUGAAACUUGAUAGACCCAUAAACAGAUCUUUCCUCAACAUGUCAUUCAAGUUUCGUCAAAAUCGGGACGCAAUAGAACCAAAUAUAACAUUUUUACGAAACCGUACCUGCUCCUUGCUUCUAUCGAGGCAAGAAGACUCACAAUUUUUACUCCUGAAGUAUUCAAGAAUGUCUUCGAAAACAAAAGAAAGCGGGAGGAAAAGUCUCUCCCUUUGGGUAACAUGUGAAAAAUGUCAGUGUCUUCUAACACAGACAGAGUUAACGGUGCACGAGGCUAAUUGCCCACCGGAUUUUGAACACUGGAAUCAUGAUUUCAUUUAUAAGAGCACGUUGUACGGUGUCGUAGAAGCGUGUACAUCAUUAGAACAGCCAAAAAAUGUUCCUGAAAGAACACUGGACGACAUGGUAUUCGUGUCACAGUCUACGUUACAAUUAUGCGAAAUUGCGAUAGCAGAUCGUGUUCUUGUAAUUACUAGGAAUGGCACAGUGGUUAAAACUGCGUGGCCAACGAAAGACAAACGCUUGACGAGCGUCGGUUUAACGAAACAUGCCAUAGAACUUAAUAACGUUCACGGUAGAGUCAAAGUUGAGAAAUUUCAUUCCUCUGUCAACAUUGCGAAAGAGUUUAUAAUCUCAAGUGUUGGAAAACGGAUCCGGCCGAGCUCAGAGCUCGAUGUAAUACUUAAAAAUCACAAUGAGAAUAAAAUAUUCACUGUAAAUAAUAAAUUCAGCGUGCCUUUCUAUGGAAAGAGAUUGAUCUAUAAGAUCAGCAAAGUUCUACCGGAUGAAUCUAAAACUGUCGACUUGCCUGGCCAGUUUGAACAAAUGAACAUAACGAGUCAAUCACAUAAUACAUUUUACAUAGCGCUUUAUAAUACAAAGUGGACUAUUUUGGAUGACGAAGAAGAAGAAGAAGAAGAACAGAAGAAAGUUAAAUAUAAACUCGAGGAUGUUGGGGGAUAUGAUAAAGUAAUACAGGACAUUAAAGACGUUAUUAAGAUUGCUCUUGGUUUAUAUCCGACGUUAGAAAACCUGAAUAAUUUCUUUAUUAAUAAAGGAAUAUUGUUGUACGGUCCUGCCGGUGUCGGAAAAUCUAUCAUCGCUAAUGCCUUGAUAACGGAGUGCGGCGUACACUUCGUCACCAUUUACAGUUCGGACGUUUACAGUAAAACCCUGGGCGAGACAGAAAAGAAAUUGCAAGAUAUCUUCGCGGAAGCUAAAGCGAAAGCUCCGAGUAUCGUACUGAUUGAGGAGAUCGACAGCUUGUGUCCGAAGAGAAGUAAUUCCAGUACGGAUCACGAGAGGAGAGUUCUUUCUCAACUGAUCGCGCUCUUCGACGAGAUACAAAAUACGAACAUUAAGAUCGCGAUACUGGCUACGACGUCGAAACUGGACCUCGUAGACGGAUCUCUUCGAAGACCUGGGAGAAUAGACAAGGAAUUCGAGAUCUUUGUACCCUCGCCCAAUAUGCGUGCGGAAAUACUUAAAAAAUUAUUAGCAAAAAUGCCGAACUCUUUGUCCGAGGAGAAUGUAACGAGUAUCGCGUUCGUCACUCACGGAUUCGUCGGCGCUGACUUAUACGGCUUGUGUUCCCAGGCGAUUUUAAACGCGUUAAAACGUAAUCAAACAUCGAGUAUAAGCACUGGCUGUUCGUCCAUAGUAACGUACUUCGACUUUGAGCGCGCUUUAACCGUGUCGAAACCAUCCGCAAUGAAAGAAGUCUUGAUAGAACUUCCGAACGUUCGGUGGUUCGAUAUCGGAGGGCAGAAAGACUUGAAAUUGAAAUUGAAACAGGCGGUCGAGUGGCCAUUGCGCCAUCCUGAGGCAUUCUCAAGAAUGGGCAUAAAUCCGCCGAGAGGAGUUCUGAUGUUCGGGCCGCCCGGCUGUUCGAAAACGAUGAUUGCCAAAGCUCUUGCGACAGAGAGUAGAGUGAACUUUUUAAACGUAAAGGGACCAGAAUUGUUUUCGAAAUGGGUCGGCGAGUCAGAGAAGGCUGUGAGGGAGGUAUUCCGAAAGGCGAGGCAGGUCUCGCCUUCCAUCGUAUUCAUCGAUGAGAUAGAUGCUCUGGGAGGCGAACGAAGCUCUUCAUCGAACGGCGGAAGCAACGUGCAAGAACGAGUUCUCGCCCAAUUAUUGACAGAACUCGAUGGGAUCACUGCGCUGGGCAGCGUCACAUUAGUGGCCGCGACUAACCGACCCGACAAAAUUGAUAAAGCGCUUCUUCGGCCAGGUCGUUUGGACAGGAUAAUAUACGUGCCGUUACCCGACUACGAGACCAGACAAGAGAUCUUCCAAAUCAAGUUAAGGAACAUGCCGAUCGUCGAAGAUGUGCAGAUCCAAGAUCUGGUCGAUCUCACAGAAGGGUAUUCCGGAGCAGAAAUUCAAGCGAUUUGCCAUGAGGCCGCCAUGAAAGCGCUUGAGGAAGAUUUAAACGCUACUGCGAUUACCAAGGAGCAUUUUAAAGCCGCGCUGGCUAUUAUCACACCCCGUACUCCAGCGUCGUUAAUAAAUUUGUACAACGAUUACAUGAACAAAGUACUUUAGUGAAAAACAAAAUGAUUACCUUUAUGCAAUAAAUUGAAUUUGCCGUUUAUUAA